AUGGGAUCCCACAUCGGAAGAGACACGGAUGUGAUGCAGCAGUCCAUGAAAGAGUCCAGGAGGGACUUCGGCCGAUAUGAGAGCCUCGCGCAGAAAGCUUCCGAAAUCUGCGCCAAGGCAGUCCGUGACGGUGGCGUUCUAUGCAUGACAGCCUGCCAGGUCCAGUGUCCCAGCACACUGGAAGCGAAAUUGCAGCAGAAGGCGCCCCUCUUGCCUUAUCGGGCUGUGCAGGAAAUCGAAGAUGAGAUGGUCGGUUUGGCCAGCGUCUGUGUUGCGGUGUAUAUCCCUCGCCAGCAGGCACAAGCCGGUCGACUCAUCAAACCAUGUUUCAACGUCAUCGGAGGAGUCAACUCCCCUGAAGAGCCACCCAAGGAUGCGGACGGGGAUAGGAUGCCGCGGGGGUUCCCGCGCGGCGCGGACUAUUAUUAUGUCCAUCUUAAGCCCGAGGAUGGGCCAGCAGGGUUGAUUGAGAUUCAGGUCGUCUCCCUGUUACGCCACGUCUGUGCAGAGGUCGGUUGUGACCUGGAGAGCGAGAUGGAUGCAAGCGAGGUGGAGCACCAGAUUCUGGCCGGGCUCAGUGGCACUAUCGCUGCGAGCGAAGGCUUCCUGGAUCAACUGCACGAGCGCCGAACAUCCGGCCGACCGUUCCAAUCAGUCUAUCAUCUGGGAUCAUGCCUGUUCCAGUGGAUGCAGGCCCGGUCCGGCGCCGCACGCGACGAUCUGGGAGACGUCGAGUUACUCUGGCAGGUGCUGAGGAUCAUGGACAUGAACGACCGGUCCCGGCUCAGGGGUUUGCUCGGCGAAGCCCGCCUUCCUCUGCCUUCAGCCACUGGCGGAAAACAGGGCAAAAUGGCCAUCUCCAGCUAUCUCUCGGAACAGAUCAUCCGCUCGCCCCGGGGGCAGAGGGAGAUCGUGGCCCAGUUCGAGGCCCGCGGUGGAAAUGAACCGCGGUGCAGGCUGCAGGUCAUCAUUAACACCUUCGCCCUCCUCGGGCACCUGCUACCUUUUCCCGCCUGGGUUACGCCGGUCAUGAAUCUAGACGGUGGGACCUUGGACGGGCGCAAACACAUCCUGGCCUGGCUCGACUGGCUCGACUCGGAGGAUCCGAAAAACUUUUACGAGUAUGGGAUGCCGCUGCAGCAUCCGGAGACUAUUGAUCGGCUAUGGGGCUGCCUGGAGCGACACGCGGAAGCUCAUGAUAAGAGCCCUGUUGGUUUUGCCUUCAGUCUAUCCAAAUUGGGCGUCGUGAAGAACGGGCGGGCCGUGGACUGGGAAGGCCUCACCUCCGCCGUUGGGCGUUUGAUCGCCUGUGAAGACAUAUAG